UUUUCUGAGCUUUUAAAAUGUCUAACUAACCAACGCUGUAAUGGAAUUUAGGUAGCUGCAGGGCUGUUCAGGUGAGUUCGCUUUCUCCGGUUGCAGUCAUGGCUCAAACCGGAUUCUGCGAUUCCAGGCCUCUGUUGGACCUACACAAAAAGGCUGAGGACAAGCGUGUUCCUUUGAGGACUUGGGCUAACGCUUGUCCACCGAAAGAGCGUCGGUCUCAAGUGGAGGAAUUUACUUCAAUGGGAACUUUUCUGAAUCCAGAGCAGGACCAUAGAUGGGUACAUGGGUUGCAUAUCCCCGCAGGAGAUGGCUUUAUGGACUACUCUAUACCGAUUGCCCCAAGAAGUUCAGAUUGCGGCGAGGAGCCCCUGUUGUGGCGUAUUUCGGGGCUUCAGCACAUGCUGGUUCCGGGCCUCCUGCGACAUGAGAUGGAGCUGGCCAUGAGCAGGCUAGGGCUCAUCUAUGACCGGACGUACGCCUGGGAUAUUUUUACCAACAUGAUGAGGAGUCAGAUACAGCACCCGUUUGCUAGUGCAGAGCUACCUGGGGCCUACUCUGAGAAGACGCUGGCGAUCUUGAUUGAUUGGCUCAUUCAGGUCCAUGAGGUUCUGCACUUCUCUGAGGAGACUCUGUACCUGACCGUGUAUCUGCUAAACCGAGCGGUGCGCCUGCUUAAUGUGUCCAUCUCCAACUUGCAACUCCUGGGUGUGGUCUGUCUCUUCCUUGCAGGCAAGAAGGAGGAGUGUUUACUUCCAGAGGUGUCGGAGCUGUGUCAUCUGAUGGAAAACACCUACACCCCACACCAGCUGCUCAGGAUGGAGCGGCGAGUUCUCUGUGGCCUGAAGUUUGAGCUCUCCUACACCCCACCCCUGCACUUCCUGCUUCUCUCUACGUCCAUUGCCCGAUGUAGUGACCAGAUGGUGUGGAUGGCCAGAUACCUGUUGGAGCUGUCCCUGCUGAAGGCCCAGUGUGUGGUGUACCAGCCCAUCCACCUGGCUGGUGCCGCCCUCCAGCUGGCACGCUGUGUGCUGCAGGAACCACCCACCCCUGAGGGCGAGACGGCCUGGUGCAUCAGCUCCAGCAUCUUCGUGGGCAGUGAGGCUACUCUCCUGGCGAUUAUGAGGAUUCUUGCCCAAGCUGCCGCCAGAGCACCCAUUGGAAACACCCGUGCCUCCUUCCUCAAGUUUUCCACCAAAGAAACAUUGCAUGUCAGCAAGCACAUGGCCUUGAUGACUGCCCCCUGUCUCCUCAAGGUGCCUGGUCUGCCGAACUAGGGAUCUUUGCAACAACUGUUGCCUGUAAGGGUUGGAAGGCCCUCCUGCGGACUUGUUUGCAGGAAUGCUUUGCUUCAGUCAUCUUUUGCUAAAUCGUUCUGUACUCUGUCAUCCCUUGCACAUGUUGUGGGAUGUGGGAUGUUGGAAUAUAAUGAGGAGCCUAUACUUGUCAGUGCGCUGUAUUUUAGGUAUUUAAAAUGUCUUUUAAGUGUUGCAGUGUCUUGUCUGGUUCUGCCCAACCAAUGUGAAAACAUUAAAAUGCAAGGGUGACUUAAUUUCUGCAAUUUAAAAAUGUACUUGUUUGUAGUCUACUGAAUGUUUUUUUUAAUGUGAAAAAAUAAAUAUAUCUGCUGCUUCUGAAUA